ACCUGGCUAAUCUCUUAAAUUUCCCAAGAUGGGUUAAGUUAUCAAUUGACCCGCCAGCGAACACGUGGUGAAACGACCAUACGAUAGCGAAAUGCCAUCGCUCUCCCCUCUUCUCUUCUGGAUGGCUCUAUAUUCAUCCCCGACCGCAACUAGCGGGAGGCCGCUAAUUACCCGAUCGGGCCCGCUGACGUACGACUAUUGCGCAGCGCCUACACAUAUCCAUGGCCCACGCCUUGCGCAUCCUACCAUCAAUCUUGACAACGAUGUGGGAGGAGGAAGAAAAAAUUUUUCCCCAUCUUUCUGGUAGGUGCGCUAUGAAUAGAUUGUCGCAACUCGCCCUGGUCGUGGGCAUCGCCUUUACACGGCCCAUUGACGAGCGAUCAAUUUGCUCGAGCACUCAGUCUAGUUCCGAUCGACCGGACGAAUAUCAUAAAAUCUCACCAUCGGCCUGAGCUCAUCAAGUUCUUCCGUGGCUAGGUUCCAAGUCUUGAUUUGAACCCAAACCCAAACCUACCUGGCUAGAGCCCUCUCGGACCGAUUUUACCGGCGUAUUUUUGUUUGCAGAUAAAAUGCGGACAUCAACGCCGACGGCUAUCGACCCUCAUCGAUUCAAUGACUAUUUUAACUCGCAGCAUAGGAGGGAGAGUAGUUAUAAUUCGAAUGGCUCUUUCGAUCCUCGCCGCUCCCUCGUCCCUGGAAUUCGCCGUUAUCCAACGCGGAAAAUUAAGCUCGUGCAGGGUUAUGUUUUGAGCGCCGACUACCCAGUACCAAGCGCCAUUCAGAAUGCUGUACAGAAGCAAUACCGAGAAUCGCCAGAACUGUCCGAGGAGUUCUCCCAGCUCAGAUAUACUGCUGCUACUUGCGACCCGGAUGAGUUUGUUAUGCGAAAUGGCUACAAUCUCCGCCCGGCCAUGUCCAACCGGCACACCGAAUUGAUGAUCGCAAUUACCUGCCGAAGCGAGAACAAGGUCCUGACAGCACGGACCUUACACGGAGUAAUGCAGAACAUCCGCGAUAUAAACAAUCUCAGAAGGUCGGAAUUCUGGAAUCAAGGAGGUCCGGCGUGGCAGAAAAUUGUCGUCUGCUUGGUUUUCGAUGGGAUCGACUUUUGCGACAAGAAUACUCUUGACGUACUGGCAACAAUCGGUAUCUACCAGGAUGGCGUGAUGAAAAGAUCGGUAGACGGUAGAGAGACUGUGGCACAUAUUUUUGAAUAUACUACACAACUAUCUGUCACCCCAAACCAGGAAUUAGUUCGACCCCAUGGAAACGAAUCCACCAAUAUUCCCCCAGUCCAGAUGAUCCUGUGUCUGAAGCAGGAGAGCAGCAACAAGAUCAACUCGCACCGCUGGAUCUUCAAUGCCUUUUCGCGUAUGCUAAACCCAGAAGUGGUGGUUCUUCUUGAUGCGGGUACCAAGCCCUGCAAGGAAUCUCUUCUCGGAUUAUGGCAGGCAUUCUACAACGAUAAGAAUCUCGGAGGCGCUUGCGGCGAAGUCCACCCUGUCCAGAGCAAGAAGAGUAUCCUGAAUCCCUUCGUCGCCGCUCAGACGUUUGAUUUGAAACAAUCCAAUCUUCUCGAGAAGCCACUGGAGAGUGUCUUUGGACACGUUUCGCUGGGCGCAUUUUCCGCGUAUCGCUAUCGAGCCAUCAUGGGCCGACCAUUGGAGCAAUAUUUCAACGGCGACCUGACACUUUCAAAAAAGCUAGGAAAGAAGGGAUUUGAUGGCAUGCCGAUUUUCAAAAAGAAUAUGUUCCUUGCAGAUGAUCGCAUUUUGUCUUUUGAGUUGGUAGCUAAAGCCGGCUUCAAAUGGCAUUUGACGUUUGUCAAGGGAUCAAAAGGAGAGGUCGAAGUUCAGAGCGACUUUGCAGAGUUUAUCACCAAGCGAAAACAGUGGCUGAACGGAUCUCUCGCAGCGAAUCUCUAUGCGUUUAUCCAUUUCGGUCGACUUUAUCAAAGUGGCCACAAUCUGCUGUUCUUGGCAUUCCUCCACCUGCAGAUGAUCUACAACUUUGCCAAAUUUGUGAUGAGUUGGUUUUCACUCGCAUCGUACUUUAUAAUAACGUCAGUUGUGAUGGGCCUCGUGGGCACACCAAAUGACGCAAAUGACCAACGAGCGUGGCCAUUUGGAAACGAAGCCUCGCCAAUUGUGAAUAACUUCCUGAAAUACGGCUAUGUCUUACUCUUAUGCUUGCAAUUCAUCCUUUCUCUUGGAAAUCGUCCCAAAGGCUCUCGGCUAGCCUAUAUCAUCUCAUUCACAUACUUCCCAAUUAUUCAGGUCUAUACCACUAUUCUAGCAUUUUACCUGGUCAGCCAGGCAACGAGGAAGCUAGUGGUCACCUCGGUGCUAUAUGAAGACGCGAUGCAAUCGGCAGUCUGGAACAACCUUGCCUCGAGUAUGGUUCUGAUAACCUUGGUGGCAACCUACGGAGCGCAUCUCGUCGCGAGCGUUCUUUAUAUCGAUCCACUACACGUCAUUACGUCCGCUUGGGCCUACUUCGCCGGAACAACGUGUUCCUCCAACAUGAUCAUGGUCUACGCCUUUUGCAACUGGCACGAUGUCUCAAUUGGCACCAAGGUGGUCGAAAAGACCCCGUCUCUUCCGGAAGUUCAAACGAAGAAGGACGAAAAGUCAAAAUUCAUCGAGGAAUUGGAUAGGCCCCAGAUCGAUAUCGAUACCCUCUUCCAAGAGACUGUUAAACGAGCUUUGGCCUCAUUCGAUCCCCCAACGGAAUCAAAUGGGAAGGAUGUUGACGAUUUGUAUAAAGCCUUCCGGACCUACCUUAUCCUGCUCUGGGUAUUUAGCAACCUAGCCAUGACUCUUUGCAUUAUGAGUACGGGAAUCAACCGCUUCUGUCUCUCGACUCUACCCAAUAUACGUAUUUGGAAUUACCUGUUGGCCGUGGUCUGGGCAACAGUCGGGAUUUCAAUGUUUCGCUUCGCCGGGUCGCUAUGGUUUUUGGCCAAGGCGUCCGUUAUGUGCUGCGUGUCACGGAAAUAACCUUUUUAUGAGCUUAAAACUUUUCAUUAAUUGGAAUCUCUCUGUCCACUCUGGAAUAUGUCAAAGUUUGUUUGUGUGGACCGCAAUAAGGUGCAGAAAUGGUUGCAAAAUUCGAAGUCACCGUCCGUCUAGAUAGUCUAGCAAUUCAGCGAUACAUGAUGCCUUUUUAAAAUCCGAA